CCUCGGCACAAGGAGCCUCCAAGUUAAACAUCUCCGGGGCAAACACUUCCCAACUCAUGGAACCGUCUGAUUACACAUUGGAUACCGAAUUCAACUACUACUGCGCUCUGCUGCAGGAACUGAUACCAAACCUACACAAUCCGGAUGAGCAGGAACACGCCAACCGAUGGCUUACAAAGCUCGUUGAACCGUCCCUGAAUGUGCGCAAUCUUCGCGAUAAGCGAAACCGUUUUCUGAUGAUGCUCUGUAUCUGCCUGUUCAGUGGCCACAUUCAGUUUCUAUUCAGCGCUGCUCCUGCUGCCAAACUACCGGAAGUGUCCACCCUUAGGAAACCAACGUUUGCCGCUCCGGAUUGGCACGUGAAUGCCACCGAAUGGAAGGAGCAUCUGCUUCUGCUUGCUGAGCUGUACAAAAAGCUGAAACUUCCGGCCAUCCGCAAGUGUCAGGUUCACACGAAACAGUGCACCGGUGGAAAGGAUGCCAGGGCUACCUUCCUGGAUCGUCAGUUCGAAUUCUUUCUGCACCUGACGCGAAGCUACAUGCAUUCGCUGACCUCCUAUCCGGAGCUACGAGUGGCUUGUAAAUGGAUCGAAGUCCUUUCGCAGAUCGAUAGAAACUGCUGUGCUCGAGCUAAGGGUAUCCGCAACGACCAUCUGCUGGCGCUGAUGAGCUACCUUCUGCAGCACCAACUGAUGGGACCAUUCCGCAGUCUACCUAACCAUCCACUCGAACCUCUGAUGGAAACCGCCCGCAAGGCAGCUGACAAUAAACCAUUGACUCCAACCGGUACAUUAGGAAUCGAUGUCGCAGGUGAUGAUUUUUUGAGUCAAUUCCCAAUCCCGGACGAGGGAGCUUUCGCUUACAUUUCACUUAGUUCGGAUUUAAUUCAAAAGGCAGGACAGCUGACAAAUUCUUAG